UUUUUUUUUGUUCAUUCUUUAUUUUGUUCGUCAUGGUUGACACAUAUGAUUUAUCAAAAAUAAACCUUGUUGCUUCUGAUUUGGAUGGUACUCUUAUAUGUGGGAAAUACAACGCUUGUCUUGUUUCAAAACAUAGUGGCAAGGUAUUACAAGAUCUUGAAGCUCAAGGUGUACAGAUUGUACUUGCUUCUGGUCGACCUCCACGGUCCAUGGCUCCUGUAUUGGAUCUAUUACAGUUGGACCAUCCUUGGGUGAUUAGUUGUAACGGGGGGAUUGUCUUGGAUAGCAAGAAACGAACCAUUCUCAAGAGUUUUCCUAUUGAUCAUCAUCAAGUAUUUCCUAUUCUUCAAAAAUUCAAACAAUUUUUGGGUCAAGAUAUUUUUAUUGGUGUUGAAAACGAUUUGAUGUUCAGGUGUGAAGAAGGAUAUGCAUUACUUCGUGGUCCAGAAAAUAUGAAUCAUCCUUAUACUGUGAUUGAUCGUCUGGAUGAAUUCUCCAAUGGACCUGUAGAGAAAAUCGUGGUGAUUCAUACUGCAUGGAAAGCUGAUAUACUUCAUAAGUACGUGAAAGAACAUAUCUUCUCUGAUCCCGUUUGGAACAACAUUAUCAACAUCACUUUUUCCAAUAUGCAUUUUAUUGAAAUCUCGGCUGUCAAUGUUUCCAAGGGGACUACUCUCAAAUCACUCUGCGAUGAAAAUGGAUAUCAAUCAGAUCAAGUUAUUGCCUUUGGGGAUAUGCCAAAUGAUGUAGAAAUGAUUCGGUUCGCUGGUUUAGGUGUUGCUAUGGCCAAUGGACAUGAGGAUGCUAAAGCAGCUGCAGAUUAUGUUACAUUAUCAAAUAUGGAAGAAGGUGUCUCUGUAGUUUUAGAAAAAGUUUUAGAACAGAAAUCUUUGAAAUAAAGUAUUUUUUUAUUGAUUAAAGGAAAAGUGAAUGCAAA